GAGAAAUAACGCGAGGAAACUAGAAAGUUUAGCAAAAGUAUGAAGAAAACGUGCUAAACAUCUGUCGUGCCGGUAUAUCCUCACUCCUGGAGGAAAACUACCAAUCCCGAAGCAUCAACAUGACGAAUUACGAAGAGAAUAUGAUUGGAGCACUGCGAAACCUACAGUACGACGACGCUUUUAUUUUUGGAGACCUGAGCCAAGCGUUUAUACAGAUCGAGCAAGAUUUCGUCGAGGAAUUUGUUGUAUAUAUAGACGACGUAGCACUACUAGUACGCGAGGAAGAAAAUCGUGACGAAACACGAGAACAACUAAACAGACGGGAAAAGAGAAAGCAAGCAAGAGAACAAGAAAAAGCAGAUAAGAAGUUCGAGAUGAAUCUAGUGAUUGAAGCAAGAAGGAGAGCUAGAAGGUUUCGCCGAAAUAAAGUCGGACGUAGUCUUUACUGAAAACAACCCUGCAAGAGUU